UAGGGUUUGGUUUCUCGAUUCUCUGCAACGACGAACGCUAAAGAAGAAGGAAGCAACAAAAGUACCCAAGAAGAAGGGAGUAUUUCGAUUCCGGUGUCGGUAUUCGGGAGCGAGAGAGAUGUGGCACGAAGCGAGAAGAUCGGAGAGGAAAGUGCACGACAUGAUGGACGCGGCUCGUAAGAGAGCGCAGAGGAGAGCCGUUUAUUUGGCGAAGAGGCGUGGAGAUCCUCAGCAAUCAAUUCAGGUCAUUGGCUCUCGCUGCCGUGUCUACCGAGACGAUGGCCUCUACCAAGCUACACAGGACCAGCAAGGCCUAAUACCUUGGAAUGGGAAGCAGGAUGUCUUGAUAGAUAGAUUUGAUGGUCGUGCCCUGCUUGAUUUUAUACGGGAGCCUGGGUCCCGUAGUUUUCGUACCCAGCAGAAGUCUGAAGAAGAGGAAGAACUAGAAGAGUUUGUUAAUUUUGAGCGUUAUCGGGAUUUAAUUAAGCUUCGACGUAGAGGAUGUCGAUAAUGAUGAGGAGGGUUUGCAACAUGUAAAUCAAGAGCUGGAGGCAAAGGUUGUAGCACCAUUUUUCUCAGAGAGACCUCAGCCAGCACAAACUCCUGCAAGCAAAGGCUCGUAUUCACAGGUUGGGUUCUCUUAUGAUGGAAAUGCAAAAGAGGAAGCACACUUGUCAGAUGCAGAGGAUGACGAGGAUGAUGACGAUGAUGAUGAAGAAGAUGAUGAUUUUAAUAGUGAUGAUAGCAAUGAUGAGGGGAUGGAUAUAAUUGGGAAAGAAUUUGGAGUGAAAA